UUUUGCUCGCGAGCAGUAAGACGCAAGAUGCAGAACACGUGCGGCUUCGACUCAGCCUUAGUUGAUGUUACAUCACCGCCGACAAAACGUAGCAAACGCAAACAAGAGACUGUCGAAGAGUUUGCCAAGAAAGAAAAGCGAAGACUGAAGGACCGUAUCCGUCGACGCAAGACGGUUCAACGCCGGAAAUGCGAGCGAGAGGCUUUGACGCGGGAGAUAAAGGAGCUUUCGGUGCAAGUUGAGCUCCUCGAGCGUAAAGCCGACGUGGGCAUUCGCACGUCGCCGCCUACCUGUCAAAAGACUCUAAAUUUGCAAGCGCUUACAGACGAGCGUCGCUUUCUACGAGAUGAAAUACGUAAGAGAGUUGGUUUGAUCCACGAUAUGCGCAAUGCGUUUCACGAACAAGUACUGCAACAAACCGGUACAUAUCCAGUGCUGCGGUCUAACGGAAAGGUAUCUGGGGGAGGGAAUGAUCUCUGCUUGAAGCACCCAGAGUCUCCGCUGAUCCAGCAAUACAUUCUGGAAUUGGCCGGUGUUUACAAGCAAACGGCCAGUGUAUUCCCGUGUUCAACCGAGUCAAGCCCUCAGUCUUCGAUAAUCAAGACGACACGAGAGAAAAAUCAAAACGGUACGGAAUUCUUCCAGUCGUAUGGCACGCAGAUGAUGCCGUUUGAAUAUCGCCAGACGUGCCAUUAUCUGUGGCAACUCGUCAUUCUGGGUCAUCGACAGGAAGACCGACUGCUCUAUCGCGUAGUAGACGACCCGGAGAACACUCUGGCUAUGAGAUUUCGCUUACACGGAAGCAAUUCGGAAGCGUAUGUGGUGAUGCACUAUGCUAUUCGGCGCUUCGAAGAGAAAGAUCGCACAGUGCUGGUAUGGCGGGCGCUUGCCGAGGGUGAAGGAGUCUUCAGUGGGAUGCAUACCGAUGAAACUGGAUGGUGCAUAGUGCAUUCGUCAGCCAUGGAUUCGUGCGCUAUUGUAGAGACAUGUUCCCGUGUAGUACCGAUGCACAUUGGCGCAGCAGCCUCAUGUGUGGGUGUGGCUGAACAAUUCACCGGUAUCGUUCUCAAAUCGAUUGAGGAGGAUAUCUUCAAGAUUUCCGUGAAACUGGACAAAGUGCUCCUUGAUGAGGCGCUCGAGCACAUUCACGUAGAAGAAAAUUAACUCAAUUAAUAGUCUACAUGCAGUGAUAUGCGAGUAUACGUACCUUUCAAAAAACAAUGUGUGUAUCCCUGGUUGGCUGUCAC